CUCAAGCUUCCUCUUUUAUAUCACACGCAAAUAAGCAGACUCUUUCUUCUUCUUCCUUUCAUGGCAGCCAUGGCCUCUGCAACCCUCACCUCCUUUCUCUCAUCGAACCCUAAAUCCUCCUUCACUUCCUCCUCCUUCCACGGCACACCCAUUCAAUCUUUUCGCUUCACACCUAUCAAAUCCACCACAUCAUCCUCCACCAUCUCAAUGUCCCUGACCUCACCGCCUUACGAUCUUCAAUCCUUCAAAUUCCAACCCAUCAAAGAAUCCAUCGUCUCUCGUGAAAUGACCCGCCGGUACAUGACCGACAUGAUCACCUACGCCGAUACCGACGUCGUCAUCAUCGGUGCUGGCUCCGCCGGCCUCUCCUGCGCCUACGAGCUCAGCAAGAACCCAUCUAUCCGUGUCGCGAUCCUCGAACAAUCCGUCAGCCCCGGUGGCGGCGCGUGGCUCGGCGGGCAGCUCUUCUCCGCCAUGGUGGUCCGCAAACCGGCCCAUCUGUUCCUCGACGAGCUGGGCGUUGAUUACGACGAGCAAGGGGACUACGUGGUGAUAAAGCACGCCGCUGUGUUCACGUCGACCAUCAUGAGCAAGCUUCUAGCCCGGCCCAACGUGAAGCUGUUCAACUCAGUGGCGGCGGAGGAUUUGAUCGUGAAGGAAGACAGAGUGGCCGGGGUGGUGACGAACUGGGCGCUGGUGUCGAUGAACCACGAUACACAGUCGUGCAUGGACCCGAACGUGAUGGAGGCGAAGGUGGUGGUGAGCUCUUGUGGGCACGACGGGCCGUUCGGAGCCACCGGAGUGAAGAGGCUGAAGAGCAUAGGGAUGAUCGAUAGCGUUCCAGGGAUGAAAGCCCUUGACAUGAAUGAAGCAGAAGAUACGAUUGUGAGGCUGACGAGAGAGGUUGUGCCCGGCAUGAUCGUUACUGGUAUGGAAGUUGCAGAAAUCGAUGGAGCCCCAAGAAUGGGUCCAACAUUUGGGGCGAUGAUGAUAUCGGGGCAGAAGGCGGCGCAUCUGGCUUUGAAGGCGUUGGGGAAGAACAAUGCAAUCGAUGGGACUUGUGGAACAGGCACUGAACAACCUGAGCUCAUUUUUGCUUCGGCUCACGCUCAAGACGACAUUGUUGAUACUUAAUAUGUGUGUCUGUAUAAAUUUACACACACACAUGAAGGUGGAAGACAGUGAAGAAGUGGUGAUGAUCAGCUUAACUAUAUGUUUUUGUGGUUCCUUUAAAACUCAAUGUUCAUUACCAUGUAAUAUCAUCAGCCUUAUAAUAGUUUGAUAGAACUCCACCUAUAUGUUCUUAUUUAUUUCAUAUUUAGAUUAAAUAUGUAUUUCAUGUAAAAAGUUAAAUCUAAAAUAUUUCAUACUGUUAAGUUAUAGAUUUUAAA